UGCCAGUUAUUGGCAAUCCUUUCCUCCAGCUGACAGCUCUGAUGAUCAGUGCCCUGAUGAUCAGUGUAGCCCCAUCACUGUCACCUGUUAGUGCCCAUCAAUGCCACAUACCAGCUCACAUCAAUGACACAUACCAGUGCACAUCAAUGACACAUGUCAGUGCCCAUCAGGGCUGUUUUUUAGUGCCGCCUAUCAGUGCCAGUCAGUGCUGCCUAUCAGUACCAGUCAGUGUUGCCUAUCAGUGCUGCCAAUCAGUGCCACCUAUCAGUUCCAGUCAGUGCUGCCUGUCAUUGCCUGUCAGUGACACCUAUCAGUGCUCGUCAGUGACGCCU